UCCCCCCCUCACCCGCCCGCCCCCCUCGAUUCCUGCCAUUUAAUUCCAAUCUUUCUUUGUUCCACUCGACGAAUACACUCAUCCUGCAUCAACAAACCACCAUGAAGAUGACGAUGACGACCACAACGACGACGACGAGCUCGAGGACGAAAAAUGCGAUUCUGCUGAUGCUGGCCGUGGCCGUGAUGGCCGUCGCCGCAGCGGAUCAUGUCGUUACGGUUGGAAAGGCCGCACAUAGGUUCGAUCCGGACCAGUUGACGGCCGCGAUUGGAGAUACUAUCAUCUUUGAGUUCUAUCCUACGAACCAUUCCGUGGUCCGCGGCUCGUGGGUGCAGCCAUGUGUACCUUACGAGAAGCUCGAACCACAGGUCACGGGAUUCUUCUCGGGCUUCAGGCCAGUAAGGACGAUCGAACGCAAUCCUCCGACAUUCAGCAUCUUGGUCAAUGACACAAAUCCGAUGUUCUUCUACUGCUCGGCACCAGAUUCCUGUAAUGUGUGGGGAAUGGCCGGCGUGAUCAAUCCCCGAUCCGACACUCCGAUAGCAGGGUACCAAGCGGCGGCCAAGAAACCUGGCACAUUCGUCCUUCAGCCAGGCGAAGACUGGCCCUCAGAAUCCGACAACAGCGUAGUUCCGCCAGCGCCGACCUCCGUGCCGACAGGCAGCACAGGGCUCCCGGGCAGCACCGGCACGCUGGGGGGACAAACGACCGUGACUGCGGUCGCCUCUCCGACCGCAUCCAGCAGCAGCAGCGGUCUCAGCACCGGCAGCAUAGCAGGAAUCACCAUCGGCGCCGUCGGCGUGAUCGCGCUGAUCUGCGGCCUCUUCUUCUACCUCGGGCGCCGACACCACUCCGACGCCACAGCGGCAGCACCACCCGCGCCCCCGCACCACUCAAUCAUCUACGAGAAGCAGCCGCCGCCGACCCUCGCCUACGCGCCCCCCAUGUCGCCGCAGUCGCAGCCCAUUUCCCCGCUGUACGCGGAGCCGAUAGGAUAUCGCGCUUACUCGCCCGACCCCCGCGCGUUCCCCCCCGGCGUCCUUGCGGACGAUAAGGCCUACCGGAGGUCGCAGCAGAGCCCUGUCGUCGAGCUGGGGAGCCCCGCGCCCGGUGCUACGUGGGAGACCCGUGCGGACUCGUACCCGACGACUGCUACGGAUUCGACUUUGUAGGAUCCGUGGGUCGGUUGCGGCUGUGAGGGAUCCGUGGGUCGGUUGCGGCUGUGAGGCUUGGUGAUGGAUCUAGAGCUUUUGGUUAUGUGUUCUGUGUUUUGGAGGUGUACGUGUAUUUGACCUUUCUUUUUCAUUCUUUUUCUGGGCGAUGGUUGGUUUUGGUUGGCGAUAUGGGUUGGUGAUAUUAGUUGGUUUGGUGU